UAACUAAAUAAUAACAAUGAGAUUCAUAAUAAUCAAUAUGAAAAUCAUAAUGAUCAUCAACAUUAUCAUUGGCUGUUGGUUAGCCGGUCGAGCUUUUGCCUAUGUUGAGGCAUUAGCAGCUAAUCUUGAUACGGCCCAAUUAGGACAUUUUCAACCAAUGGUUGCCAUAUUAUGUGGCCAUGGUAAAUACCAUAAUCAAUUUCUGAAUGAAGAUAAUAAAUGGAUAUCCGAUAUGGAUUCAAGAGCUGUUUGUACGAAAAAUACAUUGGAAAUAUUGGAAUAUUGUCGAAAGGUAUAUCCGAAAAAAGAUAUUCGUAAUAUUGUCGAAUCGAACAAAUAUUAUCGUAUUGAAUGGUGUAAGAUUGGCCAAACGAAAUGUAAAACUAAACACUAUGUAAAGCCUUAUCGAUGUUUGGAGGGAAGCUUUCAAAGUGAUGCAUUAUUGGUACCAGAACAUUGUGUCUUCGAUCAUAUACAUAAUAAAAGUUUAUGCCAGAAUUCACAAUAUUGGAAUCAUACAGCAAUAAUUAGUUGCUCGAUAAGAAAUAUGAAAUUACAAAGCUAUGCAAUGCUUUUACCAUGUGGUGUUGGCAUAUUUUCCGGUGUAGAAUUUGUUUGUUGCCCACAUUCAUCAUCAUCAUUAUCGUCCAUGAAUCAUGCAACCGCCGCUGCUGCAGCAUCCAAUAUUCAUGUAUCUGGAUCCAACACAGAUUAUUGGUCAAAGAAACAUAAUAAUGUAGCUCAAAAUCAAAUGGAUGAAAUGAGCGAUGAUACUGUUAGCAAUAAUAAUAAUAAUAGAAAAUCUGAUGAUCUAUAUAAUGAUGAAUCAGAUUCAUCGGAUGAAGAUCAAAAUGGCGGCGAUAAUAUUAAUAAUGAUGAUAAUAAUAAUAAUAAUAAUGGUGAUGCUGGCCAAGAUGAUGAUUAUUAUGAUGAUGAUUUCGAUGAUGAUAGUGAUGUUGAAGAUAUGCCAGCAUCACCAAGCACAACAACAACGACAACUACCACCACCACUACGACAACAACAACCGAAACACCGAUAAAAUAUUAUCUAAGUCAUUUUAAUUCGCAAAAAGAACAUCAAGCAUUCAAAGAUGCUCAAAAGGCAUUAGAUGAUGAUCAUAAAUCAAAGGUUACAAAGGUAAUGAAAGAAUGGAGCGAAUUAGAGGAACGAUAUCAAGAGAUGCAUAACAAAGAUACGAAAAAAGCUGAUGAAUUCAAAAAACGAAUGACGAAUCGUUUCCAAAAAACGGUCGAAGCUCUUGAAGAAGAAAGCUCGGCUGAAAAACGACAAAUCAUUUCGAUGCAUCAACAACGAGUGAUGUCGAUCAUUAAUAUGCGUAAAAAAUCUGCAAUGGAUUGUUAUACACAAUCAUUGGAUGAAAUCAUACCGAAAUCGAAAAGGAUCGAAAAAUGUUUGAAAAAAUUGCUGCGUGCAUUAGAGAAGGAUCGAAUGCAUACAUUACAUCAUUAUAAACAUUUAUUAAAUUCAUUCACUAAACAAGCAUUGAAAGAUAAGAAAGCUAUUUUAGAUCAUCUAACUGAUCUGAUUAAAAUGGCCAAUCAAAGUAUUCAGAUGUUGGAUCGUGUAGCAACUGUUGCCGAUAAAAUUAAAUUCCGUAUGAUUGCUUAUUGGCAUAAUUUACGUGGCGUUCCAAUAGAGCAAACAAUUUCACAUGAAACCGAACUUAACAUCAUGAAUCGUUAUGAAGAAGAAGUUGCACAAAAACAAAUUGAACGUGAACGACAAAAAAGCUUAGAAGAAUUGAAUCGUGAACAGAAAGAAUUGGAUGAACAAGAACAACGUCAGAAUAGUGAAGCAUUAAAAAGCUCACAACAGCAGCAAAGUAAAUCAAAUUCCGAUCAAUAUGAUCCUGAAUCGAUGGAAGAUGAGAAAACAUCCGCUCAAACAUCGGAUGAUGAAAAUGUUAAUGAUUCAAUAUCAUCAUCAUCAUCAUCAAGUUCUUCGACAACUAAAUCAACAUUGAUUACAACAUCAUCAUCAACAUUGUCACCAAAUGUCGAUGAUUUUUGGAGCCAAGAAGAUCCUGAAUCAAAUGAAAUAAAUCGGGUUGCCCAUUCAAAUCAACCUCUUUAUAUACAAAGCCAAUCAUUCCAUCACAAUGAACCGAGUUUUUCAUUGAAACGUGAACAUUAUCAUUCAAAAAUGAAAUGGAAUGGAAGUGUAUAUCUAACAUUGGCAUUUGCCGGCAUCGCUUUGUUAACGGCAACAAUCGUUGGUGUCGUAUUAUUACGUAAACACACACAAACAUCGCCACACAGUCAAGGUUUUAUUGAAGUAAAUCAGGCGGCAACGCCCGAAGAAAAACAUGUUAUUAAUAUGCAAAUCAAUGGCUAUGAAAAUCCAACAUUUAGAUAUUUUGAAACACAAGAAGAUUAAUUCUUCUAUACUUAUAAAAUCAUCAUCAUAUAAUUAUUAAUAUUAUCGAUCCGAUCUAUAUUAUAAUAGAAUACACCAAACACAUUUAUAUCACCUACACAUAACAACACAUAUACAGAAUAAUACCAGUGUUUAAUUUUGAAUGAUAUUCCGGAUUCAUUCUUAAUCACUAUCAUCUCAUUAUCAUAGUCAUCAUCAUCAUCAUCAUCAUAAUUAUUAUCAUUGAACCAAAUUAUUAUUAUUUCUCCAUCUUCUUCAUCCGGUUUCUAUUCUUUUUUUUUUGCUCUCCAAAUCACAAUAUUAAAAUUAUCAUCUAUUCAAAAUUACACAGAAUCACACAUCCCCAUAUAUUAGUAGUAAAAUCUAGACCAGGGCUUCUUAAACUUUUUUCAUUCGCGACCCCAUUUCAUGAUUGCUCUACACAAAUACACGUCAAAAAUUUUGCUACGCGACCCCAUUCGGAGUCGCGACCCAUAGUUUAAGAAGCCCUGAUCUAGA